AUGUCGCUCCAUCGUCUGGCCACGCGCGAUGGGCGCGUCAGGGUGGAGGUGUGUGCGUAUGGCCUGACGAUCCACCGGAUCGAGGUGCAGCGCGAGCAGCGCACGUUCGAUGUGCUAGCGGGGCCGGAAGAUGCGGCGGACCACAGAGCGCUCGGUCGUCGCUUUUACGGGCAAGUCGUGGGGCGCUAUGCGAACCGCCUGCCGGCUGGCACAUGGGCAUGCCGCGACGGCACGCUCCAGUUGGCCGAGUGGGGCGGCGCUGGCAUCAGUCAUCACGGUGGGCCGCCGCCGUCUCGGGCUGAGCAGGCGGGCGGGCCAUGGGACUGUGUCACGUGGGCGCACCUACCACGUCCCAGCAUGUACACGCAGGCAGAGUGCGAUGUGUGGGAUGCGUCGGCGUGUUUCGUGCACGAGUCGCCGGCCGGAGAUCAGGGAUACCCGGGACGUGUGCGUGUCGAGGCGCUGGUGGGCGUGCGGGCUGGCGUCUCGUCGCUGGGCCAGGUGCAUGUGGAGUACCGCGCACGGAUCGAGGACGAGGCGUCUGCGACGCCGCUCAACGUGACGCAGCACUGGGGCUUUUAUCUGGGCACGUCAGAGCCGGCGACGGUGGAUGGCCACACAUUCCGUCUUCAUUGCGAUACGGUGCACCGCCUUGUCCUCGAUGAGCGGGGCGUGCCGACCGGCGCUGUCGAGGCGUGUGCGGGGACGCCGUACGACUGGACGCAGCCCGAUCAGCGGAUCCGACCCGAUGCCGACUACGACCACUUCUACGUGUGGGGAGCGAAGCGUGACGCGAAUGCGCCUAUCGCGACGCUCAGUGGCUCGAAUGGCCUGGCGCUUGUGUUCCGAACGAAUCAGACGGGUGUGCAAAUGUAUGUGCCGCCCGGGCCCACCGGUGCGCACAAAGCCCUGCACGCAGCGUAUGGUCCGCAUCAUGCCGUGUUUGUGGAAUGGUCGGCUCCACACGCCACGUUUUUGCGGCCGGCGUUGCAGGCCUGGGCGGGCGGCGAUACGUGGCUUCGAGAAGGCCACAUGUAUCAGAAUUACGUCACCAUGGAUAUAGAACCACAUCAUCAUCAACCAGCCUAA